UUCUGCACAGGCCACUGUGGGUAACCUAGUGUUAGGCUACAGUAGGCGAACACAGCAACGGAUAGCCUAUUUUCGGAUCGUAGGACUCUGCAGGGAAAUUAACCGAAGAUGGCCUCACCAAGGACAAUAACCAUUGUUGCCCUCUCUUUUGCACUGGGUCUAUUUUUUGUUUUCAUGGGCACUAUUAAACUCACGCCAAGACUGAGCAAAGAUGCGUACAAUGAAAUGAAAAGGGCCUACAAGAGUUAUGCCAAGGCCUUGCCAGGACUGAAAAAGAUUGGUGUGAGCUCAGUGCUUUUGCGUAAGAUCAUCGGCACCUUGGAAGUGAGCUGUGGUGUGGUCCUCACCCUGGUUCCAGGGAAACCCAAAGACGUGGCCAACUUCCUGCUCCUGCUGGUCAUGCUGGCCGUGCUGUUCUUCCACCAGCUGGUGGGGGAUCCCCUCAAACGCUAUGCCCACGCCCUGGUGUUCGGCAUCCUGCUCACGUGUCGCCUGCUCAUCGCCCGCCAGAGCGACGACCGGCCAGAGCGGGAGGAGAGCCGGGAAGCGCAAGUUGGCGCCCAGGAAAAGAACAAAGUCAAGCUCUCCUAGUCCUGCCUCUCCCCCCUGGCUUGGCCGGAGGACAGGCCAGGGCCAGAGAGAGGACAUUUUAUGCUGGAUAAAAGAGAUUGGUGUCCAGACAAAAGACAGUCGCCACAGAGUGAUCUCCAUUCACCAAAGCCCCGUCCUGGCCAACCUGCCUGACCGGUUAUCACACUCAUCAGCUCUCUUAUGUUCUGUCCAACCAUGGUCAUCAAAGAGGCAGUAACACUGCUCAUAGCCUCUGUGUUGUCUCUAUUCACCCUUGUGGCAACUGUUUGAUAUGUAGCUCUGUGAAGGGGAAGGAAGACACGCGUUGCAACCAUCAAUCUGUUAUUCCUUUUCUAUGUUUUCUGUUUACGUAGGUUCCACAUCAAAGGUCAUGAUCCAUAACAGCCAAGCAGUUGAAAUAACUCCUACUGUUGAAGAAUAAGUAAUGUUAUGCUGAAAGGACUAAUUUUACAGUAAAGACUACACUUGAUGCUUUUAUAAAUGACCUGAUACAAAACUGUGUGUUUUUUAGUUUAGUUAAUUCCCCAAGGUUUAAGUAGGCUAUUUAUUUUUUAUUUAGUUGUUGAAUCAUUAAAGUUGAUUACAUUGGUUGAAUUUAUCAUAAUGUUGUUGUAUAAUGGUAGUGAUUUUAGUCCCAUGUUUUUUGCUCCUUUUUUAUGUUGUGUUUAAAAAAAUUACUCUCCGUAAGAGAUACUAUUUUGUAUGCAUGAAGAAACAAUGCCUUCUCAUUCCACAGACUCGUAAAGAGGAGGAAACAUGCCGAUAAUUUGUUUUUAAAUGGAAAAUGUUAAUGUAUGUUAAGUUGAGCUAAGAACCCUUUUCAUCCCCAGAUUUAUCUCCCAAAAUGUUUAUUUUUUAAAAAAGGUCAGCAUAUAACAUAUCAUGCUGGGAAAUAGGUAAAGAAUUUUAUGCUUCUGCUGUACCACAUUCAGUAAAUCAAUUGCCAUUUGGAAAUGAGCACCUAAUAAAGACUUAUCCCACCAAAA